CAACAGGCGCAUGCAUAGAUGGAUGUUGAUUGCUAACCGAGAAGGUUGUGACCGCACAGACUCUUCUUCGCCUCUUCCUUCCUUCCUCGUGAAUUCGAUCAUAAAAAAAAAUAUAUCCAAAAUCAGAUUAGGGUUUCUUCGGUUCUCCGCAAUUUCGAGGACAUGUCAGGGAAACGGGUGAUAGCAAUAUGCAUGUCCGGUGGAGAGUUCCUGACAGAGAAAAGCGGAGCGUUAACAUACAAAGGAGGCGAUGCUCACGCAAUAGACGUGGACGAGCAGAUGAAAUUCAAAGACUUCAUCUCAGAGAUAGGGGAGAUGUUCAACUGCGACGCUAGAACGGUCUGUCUCAAGUACUUCCUCCCUGAUAACAAGAAGACGCUCAUCUCCAUCUCCAACGAUAAAGACUUGAAACGGAUGAUCAAGUUCCACGAGAACUCCAACUCCGCCGACGUCUAUCUCAUACCAGAAGAGCCUGCUCCGGACAUCUCGAACAUGCCUGCCAGCAGAUCCAGCAGAACUACAUUGUCUGAAACGGUUCCUAUAGAAGACAUGAUAGACGACAUAACCGGACCGGAAGAUCUCCCCCUCUCACUCUCAGCUCCUCCUGUUGUCACCAUGGAGCAUCAGGAAGUAGUGAACCACCGACCUGAAGAAGAUGCACAGAUCGUCAUCACUCCACCGGACAUAAUGUCAGCGAUUCUCGAAGUCCCUAAUCCGAAAGGAGACAUCCUCACAAAGGCGAGAACGCAGCAGUGGCAGAACACGAUCACAGGCGUCGGACAGAGGUUCAAAAACGUGGGAGAGUUCCGGGAAGCACUGCGCAAGUACGCCAUCGCGAACCAGUUCGGGUUCCGCUACAAGAAGAACGAUAGCCAUAGAGUGACGGUGAAAUGCAAAGCGGAGGGAUGUCCCUGGAGGAUCCACGCCUCGAGGCUGUCCACCACUCAGCUCAUCUGCAUCAAGAAGAUGACUCCUUCCCACACCUGCGAAGGCGCGGGAGGCAUCAACGGUCUCCAGACGAGCAGGAGCUGGGUCGCUAGCAUCAUCAAGGAGAAGCUGAAAGUGUUUCCCAACUACAAACCGAAAGAUAUCGUCAACGACAUCAAGGAGGAGUAUGGGAUUCAGUUAAACUACUUCCAAGCUUGGCGCGGGAAAGAGAUAGCCAGAGAGCAGCUUCAAGGAUCGUACAAGGACGGUUACAAGCAGCUCCCUUCGUUCUGCGAGAAGAUCAUGGAGACCAAUCCAGGGAGCUUAGCUACCUUCACCACCAAGGAAGAUUCGAGUUUUCACCGCGUUUUCGUCUCCUUCCACGCCUCUGUUUACGGUUUCCUCGAGGCGUGUAGACCGCUGGUGUUCCUCGACAGCAUGCCGUUGAAGUCGAAGUAUCAAGGGACGUUGCUGGCAGCUACCUCCGUCGACGGGGACGACGAAGUGUUCCCUCUAGCGUUUGCGGUUGUUGACGCGGAGACGGAGGAUAACUGGGAGUGGUUCUUGCUCCAGCUGAGGUCUGCUCUCGGCGGGGGCGGGGCAGAGGUUUCCACCCCGAUCACGUUCGUCGCGGAUAGGCAGAAGAGUCUCCAGGAGCUGAUCCCCAAGGUGUUUGCUAACUCCUUCCACGCCUACUGCUUGCGUUACUUAACAGACGAGCUCAUCAGAGACUUGAAAGGACCGUUCUCACACGAGAUCAAGCGUUUGAUCGUCGACGACUUCUUCUCAGCAGCGUACGCACCUAGGCCUGAUUCUUUCGAGAGACACGUGGAGAACAUCAAGGGCCUCUCGGGGGAAGCUUACACCUGGAUCGUGCAGAACAGCCAGCCUGAUCACUGGGCCAACGCUUACUUCCCCGGUUCUCGUUACAACCACAUGACUUCCAACUCGGGGGAACCGUUUUUCACCUGGGCUUCCGACGCUAACGACUUGCCUAUAACUCAGAUGGUGGAUGUGAUCAGGGGGAAGAUCAUGGGGUUGAUCCACGUGAGAAGGAUCAACGCGGCAGAGGCCAACGGAAGACUGACUCCUUCCAUGGAAGUGAAACUGGAGAAAGAGUGUUUGAAAGCGCAGAGCCUUCACGUGGCGUCGUCCGCGGAUAACAACCUGUUUCAAGUCCGGGGAGACACGUACGAGCUUGUGAACGUAUCGCAGUGGGACUGCAGCUGCAAAGGCUGGCAGUUGACGGGGCUGCCGUGUCACCACGCCGUCGCGGUGAUCAGCUGUAUCGGACGCAGUCCUUACGAGCUGUGCUCUAGGUAUUUCAGCGUGGAGAGUUACAGGGUGACGUACUCUGCGUCGAUAAACCCUGUUCCUUUGUUGUUGGAAGGAGGAGGAGAGAUGGGUGGUUGUAGAGAGAGCUCAGGGGGCUCUUCUGCGGUGACGGUGACGCCCCCGCCGACGAGGAGACCGCCUGGGAGGCCGCCGAAGAAGAAAACGCCGGCGGAAGAGGUGAUGAAGCGGCAGCUGCAGUGUAGCAGGUGCAAGGGGCUUGGUCACAACAAGUCGACUUGUAAAGAAUUUCUUCUUGAAUGUUAGUUUUCUGGAUUUGGUUCAUUAUGUUUUUGUUUUUAAUUAACUUUUUUUUUAACUUUCAUCAACUUUUUGUGAUCAAUCUGUAAGAAAUGUGGAUUGAUUUUUUUUUUUUUCGUUUGUAUUUUAGUUUCAUUCAAUAAAAGUUCUUGCUAAAGUUUUCA